AUGAGAAGUCCUGACGCAGUCUCUACCAUUGCUCAUACAAUACGUGAUCAUGGCAACUUAGCCAAACAGAGGCUUCGAGUUAAGUGGCGAAACUUGGGCAUAUAUAAGGAUAAUAUGUUUGGUGACGAGAGUAUGUCAACGGAGCCAACAAAGACGGAACAAACGACCGCAAUACAAAAGCAGAGCACACGCACUAUCACAGCACGGAAAGAGCUGUUCCGCAUAGCAUUCUGUGAUACCAUCAACGACCAAUGUUAUAAGCUAGGAAAACAUACUUGCAUUAUUCUAGAAGGCAAUGCUUGCGGAGACGCAGUGAUAAUUCGGCACGAUUGGACGGAGCGUGAUACGGCUAGAUAUAAAGCGAAUAGAACGCUACCUAUGUCUCUUGUAGGAGGUAUACGAUCUAGAUCUCUCAGCGCACUAGUGCUAAGAUUCAUCGCGCACAACUGGCCGCCCCGAGUUCCGCCUUCGCAGAUAUUUGAACCAACACGCGUUCGAACUAUUGAGAUACCACUAUGCAUGAGCCAGCCCUUCAUCUACGUUGCUGCUACGAUCAGCUCCUCAUCUAUAGAUGGACAGCCUAUUAUCGAUAAACUUAUCCUCCUACCUUCUAAAGACACAAGCUGGUCAGUCAAGUAUAAAGGGUGUAAAGUAUACGACGAUGAGACAAGAACUAGGAAUUGGAGGCUAGUCAUUCAAACACUCGGGGAAGGCCAGGGAGCGGGCCAACCUAGAAGCUCUCUCAUGCAACUACCCUUUCUAAACCGAGACGCGGAGCCACUCUGCAACGUCUAUGAUUUUUCUAACGGCUCAGUAUACGAGCGUUUCGAUGAUCUUUUGUGUGAUCAAGAUUCACACUAUGUUACCCUAAUCCAUGGGCUAAAUGGACUCCUUCAACGCCAGUGGAACCAAGGUAGCCCUAGAAUGCAAAACACUGGCUCUUCUGCAACUCAUAUUAUGAUGUGCUGGAUACUUACAACCCUUCCACCGAACACACAGCCGAUGGCUACUGAUCAUUUUGAAUCCAUAUACAAUGAGAAGAAGAAAUACAUUGUCAAAGAGAGAGAUUGUACGGAGAGCAGAGCAAAGGAGUUCUCACACAAAGCCAUGAUCGGCGACGACAAUUACGGUAUGCCCUUGGCGGAUAUCAUGGCGCAGUUCGGAUUCGAAACAAAGCGUCAUGUGCCCUGCAACCAGUGUUUUGCCAAUGGAAAGCUGUGCGACAAUCGAGCUGAUUCUUGUAAGAGAUGUAAGACUAAGGGCAACAAGUGCGUACGAGAAGCUUGCAAGAAUAGAAGCGAGCCCGGCGACGAAUCAAAUUGCCACAGGGAUUGUGACUUGGCUCAUGACGACGAUGGGUACACGAAUGUAUCCAGAGUCCCCAGAACCAAAGGAUAUAAUGCACGUCUGCGUUUACAACAAGAGGCACAAAAGGGCAUAUUUAUAUCUUCAAGGGCGGAAAAUCAGGCUGAAAAAGGAGAGCACUAG